GAAGGUUCCCUGUUGAUACUGAUUUGUCUUUUCUGUACAGCAUAUAACCAGUCCAAUAGAUAACCUAAAUUUCGACCUGUUGUGCAAGACAAUCUCGUCAUAGUUCUUUAAUUAGUUUAUCUGGCCCAAUUUUACCUAUUUAAAGACAAAAUCACAAACUUUAUCACCAGUUCAGUGGAGGGCGUCUCUGGUGAGCCUUUGUUAAAGACGAGCAUUUGGAAGUUUCAGACUUUAAUAACUGGUCUUUGAUUUAGCAGAGAAACUCAGAAAGUGUUUCCUACCAACUACUACAGUCAGGUUUGCUUUCAGUCACAUAACAAGACAGAACUGUUUCCUGUUGUUCAUCUUCUUGUUGGAUCUAACGAAGAUUUAAAGGUGUCUGAGAAGACAGCUAAACUUUCAAACAGUAGUUUUCAUAGUAUGCAAAAGUCCUCUAAAGCUAUUUGUCAGUUUUACAAAAAGUCUAGAGGUUGCAAGUUUGGGACUAGUUGUAGAUUUUUGCACAGUUUUUCACCAGAUAUUACUCAAAGAUAUCACAACAAAGAUGGAAAUCUAAGCAGUGAAAUUGUAGAUUCGUCUUCAACUUUAAGUUCUACUAUUUCUCAAGAUUUUAUCCAACCAACAAAACAAAAUGAAUCAGUAAAGAAGGAGGUAACUGUCAAUCAGAAAGACCACAAACCUUUAAAGGUCUGUCACUAUUUCUAUCAUUAUGGGAAUUGUAAAUUUGAAACAAAGUGCAGGUUUGAACAUCCUGAUGGAGGCCAGCAGGUUAAACCAGUGCCUGGUGUGCAGGUUGAAGAGGGCAGAAUCAAACCACACGGUGCUGCUGCAUCUAACGGAAAACAAGAGAGAUCUGAAUCUCAUGCUCCAGAUGUAAAACAAAAAAGAAGGAGAAAACCUAUCUGUCAAUUCUACAAAGCUGGCAGUUGUAAGAAAGGAGAAGAUUGCCGAUACAGACAUGUAGACAAGGAAGAUUCUAUUUUGAAGGACAUUGUCAAACAAAACUCGAAAACAGCUUCUAUACCAGAAAAUGUUCCAGAUGUUGACAAUAAUUCAAAAAGUUUAGAGAAGAUCAUAUUGAAGCCAGCCGUUUCCAUUCCAGUUGGAAAUGUUAUUAGAGAAUUGAUGAGAGAAUCUGCUUCUGAUGAGGAAGUCAAUCAGCUUAGAUGUAUUGAAUUACAACAAUUCAAAAAAAGGUUUCCGAAAGAGAAAUUGACACUUUUGCCAAAGGUUGAUGACAAAGAUGUAUUUCAGCUUGGUUUCUCAUCUAGUGAUCCUGAUUGGCCCUAUGAUGUAAAACUGUUUGAACUGAAGAUUGCAUUUCCUAUGAAAUACCCCCUAAAGAUGAUGGAAAUUUGUUUGCCACAAGAACAGAAUUUACCUGAAACUGUUAGAAGAUAUGUAGAGGUGUCAAUUCAAGAAUGGAUUGAAGAGAGAGAUAAGCAGAAUAUCAAGAGAGGAGUUAUUAAUAUGGUGUUUAGACCUUUCUUAAAAUGGUUUGAUCGUAAUUUGGAGGAUAUGGUUACAGAAGGUUUAAAACAGUAUCAAAGAGAAAUUAUGGCAAAAGCUGCAGGAAUGGAGUUUAUUCCAGCUAGUCAGCUCAAAAAGGAAGCUGUUAGUUCAUCAGCAGACGACAGCAGUGAUGAAACAGGAAGUGAUACUGAGGAGAGAGAAUUUACUGUUUAUAAAAAGGAAGAUGUAGAAGAAGUUUACACAGGACCAACGGAAAACUUCAGCAGUGGUGAUGAAUAUGAAUAUGCAGAAGAACAGAAGAGUAAGAAAGACUUAGAUGUUACAGAAACUGAAGUGAGAGGUACAGAAGUCAGACUAAGAAAUCUACAAUUGAGGGAUUCAGCAUCCACCUUGGUAUUCCUACAGAUAAAGAUUAUCAUACAGUGUACCAGAUGUCACAAUCGUCUGGAUGUCAAGACACCUCCAAACCAGGUCAAUGCUGUUCCCUGUCAGAAAUGUAACCAGUCACAGUUGGUUAACUUUCGGCCAUCCAUGGCUCAUCAAUACUCGUCUGUCAUUGGUUAUUUAGAUGUAGAAGGAUGUACUGCUUUUGAUCUGGUUAUGCAAGAUUGUCAGUUCAAACUAGGAUGCAUGAGAUGUUCAAAGGAAACAACAGUUCAGGGUUUGCCUCCAGAACAACUGAAGGAUGUAUCAUGUUUUACUUGCUAUCAAAAGAUGAAAGUAGCAGCUGAUUCAGUCAGAUUUACUGAACUCCAACCAUCUUUUCUUAACCAGGAUAGUGCAGUGAAUAUUCCUGUGAUGAAAAUAAAAAAGAUUCCAAAAGAUCCCAGAAUCAUUCUUGGCAACCAACUUCCAGAUAAUGGAAUUUGUAGACAUUACAAAAAGAGUUUUAGAUGGUUUAGAUUUCCCUGUUGUGGGAAAUGUUACCCAUGUGAUGUUUGUCAUGACGACGCUGAAGAUCAUUUAAUGACUAUAGCAAACAGAAUGAUAUGUGGACAUUGCUGUAAAGAACAGCCUUUUGCAUUGGAAAAACCAUGUAAUGCCUGCCAUCAAUUGAUGACAAAAAGUCGCUCAGCAUUCUGGGAAGGGGGUAAAGGUUGCAGAGACAAAACUAAAAUGAACAGAGAUGAUGCAAGAAAAUAUGCCAACUUAAAUAAGACUAUCUCAAGAAAAGCUCAAGAAAAAGCAAAACCAACGAAAAAGAAGGACAGCAAAUAAUGUCUUUCUGUUAUUGUUAACAGUUAUGCUUAGAUUUUAUUUAAUUAUAUACCAUAUAGUAUGUUUUAUAUUAUACAAAUGUAUCAAAAUGUACUGAACAGAUUUGUACAUCCAAUUAUGUAGAGGCUUUAUUUAUUUGAAGAAAAAAAAUAUAUUAGUGAAUCUUUAUGAAAUGAAAUGUAACCCACAGAAAAAAUGAUAAUAAUUAGGUAUUGAUACUACAAUUUGCAUAAUAGGUUUGAAGUGUUCUUUUAUAUCAAUGUCUUUCUGUCUUUACAAAUGUUAAAAAAAAAAUAUUUUCACCAUCUUUUAGGUAUACAAAAAUAACAUUCCCUUUAUUUGUAAUUUUAUAGAAUAAAAUCUAUAAUAUAGGCCUUUAAAUUGUUAAAUUGUGGUUGUUUUGUUAAAAUAAACCAUUAACUACAAAGCUUAUAAAUCUGCAGAUAUAUACAUGUAUAUAUCAGACACUAAAACCUAGAAAACUUUUAGUGAAAAUAUAGUUGGCUCUCUUGUCUACCUUUUAAUCAAGAAAGGAAAAUAGAAAGAUAUUUAAAUAUUAAAGAGUUGUAAAAACAACAAUUAAUUGUAGCUUGAAUCUCAGUAGUUAUCAUAUUUAUACUAAUGUAUAGCUAGAAUUGAGAAAAAAAUCAUUUUUCUUCUUUUAAAACAGAGGUCAUCGGGCAAGUUUGAAAAAAAAUUUCAUGUUUUGAGUAAUAAAAUUUUACUUCAAUUCAGUUAAUGAUAUUUCUUAUGACAAUGCCAUUUUUUCUUCUAUUUGUUUAUUUCCUUAAAUUGGAUCUUAAAUUUUAAGUAAAUAGUGUAAAUUUUAUGUUUAAAGUUAACCUGUUCAUGGUGUCACUUCAGUAUUCUUGUAGAGGAAAAGAUUGAUAUCAAACCCUCUUUGAAUGCUUAUUUUGUGACUUGAUUAGAAAAUAACUAUAAAAUAUGCUUUAUAAGUAUUAUUACUUUGGUACAUAUAUGUUAUUGUGUAUGUACAAAUAAGUUUUAUCUAAUAAAAAUAUUGAAAUGGUU